AUGACGUGGAUCGUGGAGAUCACCUCUGCCAGUGUUGCGGCUCUUGUAAUCGUUGUGAUCACUGCAGCCGUCGAACGUUUCGGCGGCGUUGUUGGUGGAGUGCUUGGAACCGUGCCGCACGUGGCCGUGGUGGCGAGCGUGGGGUUCAUCCUCCAGACCACACGUCGGGUGGACUUCGAGAUUGCGAUGUUAGGCAUGCCGCUGGGUAUGCUCUCCAAUAGUUUGCUUUGCUCCAUCCUCCGACUUGUCACUUCUUGGCCGCGGCUGCAGAGGCUCCUUCCGAGCAGAUCUGGGCUCCGCAUGGCCGUUGCCAUGGUCAUUGGCUUGAGCUGCUACGCAGCCUCGGUGGCCCUGGCCAUCCUGGGCUUCAAGCCUGACACGCGGCCCCUGGAGGUGGUCCGAGUGGUAGCUGUUUGCGCCUGGCUGUGUGAGCUCCUCCUCGGCCUGGGCCUCUUGCAGCUGCCGACCUCUACUGCGACAGGUAAGCGGCCAAGAAGCGGCAGCGCCAUCCUCGCCGGCCGCGGCGCCGCGACGUUCUGUGUGUUCUUGUCCGCCAUGUUGCUGGCGGACUCUGUGCCGGCACUGGCGGGCAUAAUCGCGAACGUGCCUAUCGUGUCCGUGGCCGUGAUUAUGAUCCUCUGGAUGUCCCAAGGGGAGGAUGUGGCCAUGGGAUGCCUGGCUCCCAUGGUCCUUGGCAUGCUGUCUCCCUCAGCCUACGCGAUGCUAGCUAGCCAGCUGAUGCUGCUGUGGCAUCCCGCAGUCGGUGCAGUCUUUCGCCUGCAGCUUGCUUGCCCCUAA